AUGGAGCACGAAGUGAAUGACAACGAAGUCAUCUCCGAUAGUCAAUCGUUUUCGUUGACACGGCCAUCGAGCGCAGCGAGUUCAGAUAUGCCAAAAGUCAACCUUCGAUCACGUCGAAAUAGUUUGAUAAAACGGCAAUCAACUACGAUUGAUGUUAAUGAUACGUCUCUAUUGGAAACGAAACAAACGCCAAUUAAAGUGAUCGUUGUCAAUGGGAAAUGUUCUCAAAAUUUCAAGACAACAUUAGAAGAUUGCGUGGAAGAUUGUAUUCUGGAAUAUCCGCAAGAGCAAAACUCAGUCUAUGUUUCUAAGCCAGGACAGACAAUACAAAUUCCCACGGGAAAUAAUCGAACUUCUAAUAUUUUACUACGAGAACAUAGUGCAACUGCACGACUGUCAGCGAAGUCAAGUCGACGACGAAAUUCAAUUAAUCAAUAUAAUUCACAACAAGCACCAGGUAGUGCACGUACUAAUGUGUCAAAUAACGUUGCAUUACCCUCCAUCGCUCUAGCAGCAAUAACAUCUGCGCGUAUACGUCAUCAAAUUGGCCAACAAAAGUGCCAUCUCGUCGAAGAUAUAUCUGAAGAGCAAUUACAUGUAACUCAAAUCCCUACAACACCAUUGAUUGAGCCUAAUACAAAUCAAUCCGAGCAAGACUCGAUCCAUCCUGACGAAACGAUCUCACCGAGUCCGUCGCCAGAGAUCAUAAUUUUAUCAUCGCCAUCUUAUCAACGAACCAAACGAGCACUAUCAUAUCGUGAACGUCAAAAAACUUAUCUUCUCUCGGAUUUAGUCAUGCUUGGUCCCGAACGUUACACUCAUGUUUUUAACCUUCCGCGUUAUCAAUCGCGAUUGCGUCCACGAAAUGAAAAUUUGUCUGAACUUGAUCGCGUUAAGCAAGAUCUCUUCCAUCGAUACCUCUGGACGCAAAAUCCUCAAGUAUCAUGUCGCAUCCGUCCAGCUACAAAUUAUUCGCGUCGUGCAACACUCGUUAUCUAA